GCACUUGAAAAGAGUUGUAUUUUAAGCUUGCCUCUCUCUCUCUCUCUCUCUCUCUCUCUCUCUCUCUGAUUCGCUUCGUAUUCUCAGCAGACAAACAUGCAGGCCAGUGACAGGUUUAACAUCAAUUCCCAGCUUGAGCACCUACAAGCCAAAUAUGUAGGAACUGGGCAUGCCGAUUUGAACAGAUUUGAAUGGGCAGUGAACAUUCAGCGUGAUAGCUACGCCUCCUAUAUUGGGCAUUACCCACUUUUGGCAUACUUUGCUAUUGCUGAAAAUGAAUCAAUUGGAAGGGAACGCUACAACUUUAUGCAGAAAAUGCUUUUGCCAUGUGGACUUCCCCCUGAACGAGAGGACGAUUGAGAAUUGCGGUUGAGAGUCUUGAGACAUCAAGCUAAACAUUUCAUUCUCUGGCCUUCUUCAGUCUUUACAGUUUCCAUCAGGAUAUCUUGUGUAUCUCUUUCGAUUUAGGCAGUGGUUGUGUGUGACAGUUAGAUUUGAAAAGCCAAGAUUAAUGUCUCAAACAUGGAUUUAGAUCAUUAGUUUUUAGUUUUCAAUACAUCAACUCUUAGUUCUAUUUUAUUUUAUUUCAUUUUCUUUGGUUUCUUUCUCAAGUCAUGUUUACUCAACUUAUCAUCAUCCAAUUCAAAGUUAAGAUUUUGUUC